GUCUCUCAUUGGUCGGUUCGCGCGUCACUCAGAGUCCGUCCCGCUGCACAUGUAGUGAAGGAAGCCACGUUGACAUCAAUUAGUGUUUUUUUUUUUUACACAGUUUGAUCAACUAAAACACCGAACCGGUUCUUCCGUUCCCCGUGAAUCUCGGCGGAGGUGUGUGGUCUUCAUCAGGAUGAGUGUGGGCUUCAUCGGAGCGGGUCAGCUGGCACAUGCCCUGGUCAAGGGCUUCACAGCAGCGGGUGUGAUCACUGCCAACAGAAUCACAGCAAGUUCACCAGACACAGAUCUGCAGACAGUCUCCGGCCUGCGGAAAAUGGGCGUCAAUUUCACUACGAGCAACAAGGAAGCGGCGCACAAGAGUGACGUUCUGUUCCUGGCCGUCAAACCACACAUCAUCCCGUUCGUUCUGGACGAGAUCGGUCCAGAUAUCGAGGAGCGUCAUCUGAUCGUGUCCUGCGCCGCUGGAGUCACCAUCAGCUCCAUCGAGAAGAAGCUGCUCCAGUACCGCGCGGCUCCUAAAGUGAUGCGGUGUAUGACGAACACGCCGGUGGUGGUGCGCGAGGGGGCCACGGUUUACGCCACAGGAAGUCACGCCGAGGUGGAGGACGGGAAGCUCCUGGAGCAGCUGAUGGCCAGCGUGGGCUUCUGCACCGAGGUGGAGGAGGAUCUGAUCGACGCCGUGACGGGUCUCAGCGGCAGCGGACCUGCUUACGCGUUCACGGCUCUGGAUGCUCUGGCUGACGGCGGGGUGAAGAUGGGGUUGCCACGGCGACUGGCGGUCAGACUGGGAGCUCAAGCUUUAUUGGGAGCAGCUAAGAUGCUUCUGGACUCGGAGCAGCACCCGGGACAGCUGAAGGACAACGUCUGCUCACCAGGGGGCGCUACCAUCCACGCCCUGCACUUCCUGGAGAGCGGAGGCUUCCGGAGUCUCCUCAUCAACGCUGUGGAGGCGUCCUGCAUCCGGACCAGAGAGCUGCAGUUUCUGGCCGAUCAGGAGAAGAUCUCGCCCGCCGCCAUCAAGAAGACGACGCUGGAUAAAGUGCUGCAGCAGCCGGGCGUCUCGUCCACAUCAGUCGCCACCAAGAGCAGAGUCAACCUGUUCAACAACAGGACUGGGGUCAAGAAGUGAACACACACACACACACAGGACAAUACAAGAGCUGUGCCGUCCAUCCACACACACACACACACAUUCAGACUGAAAUGCAUUAUGGGUCUCCUGUUACUCUGGUACAGUAUUACACCGGGAAACACAAGGCAUAAAUAUUAUUAACAUUAACUAUGUGCACCUUCAUAUCUAUAAAGUCCAUGACAAUUCAAAGGGAAUAAUGUAAAAGGUUUCUGUAGUAUUAAAAUAGACACAUGAUGGACGUUUUGCUUACAUGAACAGUCAGACUUGUUGAUUUUGCUUUGGUUAAUAAGAUAUCAGAACCCCCUCUAGCAAUGCCCUGGAUAACAACUUUUAUUUUGCUUUUUAAAUUGGAUUUACCUGUAAAACCUGUAACUUCUUUGUGAAGCAUUUUAUCAGGAUGUAUUUGUUGUUUGUUCUUUUUAAAAUUCUGGAGAAAAUCAUGAAUGUCAAACGGCCAAAGUGUUUUUUAAACCAAUUAUCAGGCGUGAAGCAUCUUUCUGUUUGUCUGUUCUGUGUAUUUCUAUCGCAGACUAUGAAAACUGCAUAAACGGUGCUGAAAGUUAAAGAAAAGCUGUUUUUGCUUAUGUUCGUGGUUUUAUUUCCGUCUGCUUCAUUGAUGAACUGUGUACAGACGUGUAAUUAAAGAAAGCGCAAACUAUGAAUAA